AUUUGUGUUCAGUUUGCCUACCUUUAAAAGGGAAACACUUGUAAAGGAAACCGUCAUCACUUCAUUUGUUCAGCGCGCGUGGGUCGUUUAAUUAACAUGAUCCAGCGCAUGUAUAAGCUUAAGUAUACAAAGUUAAACCAGUGAAUUCUUCGCUCGAGUGUCGCACAGUUGCCGAUUAUUUAUAAACACGCGUACGUUAAAUGUGCUGAUAUUCUAGAAAUUUCCACACGGCGCAUGCGUACUGCGCGCGUGCAUUGCGUCUUCUUUUAUUAUUAGUCAUCAGUAUUUGUGUUUUGGAGUCGAGCGCAGCACGGACAGAACGUAAACAUCUUGAUUUUUUUUGGUAAUCAUCAAAACGAUUUACGCGGUAUUUGCAUCGUACGAUUUACGUUUGUCAUCUAUAAAUCGCACCGAGGAAGUAGAGCCCACGCGGUCGCCGUGCGAAAUAUGCAAUUCACAUCUCGAGACACACUCAAUUUGUCAAUAUGUCUGACGAGCCAGUCGUAGUGCAAGCGUUUGAGAAACUCGAACUGGAAACAGCCUCAUCCAGCACCAGCAGCAGCACUAGGAAACCUAUCACCACCCCAGAGACAGUACCAAAUCCAUUUAUGAGGCGCAAGAGGUCCAAGUCGCUCUCCAGCAUCAACAUCUUCAGCACAACUGCAUGCACAUGCAAGCACCACAUCAAUCGAGUGAAAAACACCACCAGCUUCAAGCGGAACAUCAAUAAGAAGAUACUCAAAGAGCCUGUGCUAAAAAUACUAAACAAAUGUUCCAAAUGUAAUUGUGUGAAGAAGUCGGCUCAGAAUAAGGAUGAGCAAAGACUUAAGUUGGAGAAGUUGUUUGGAGAUUGUGCUGCUGAGGGGCAAGAGACUGAUUUUAGGAGCAUUGUUGAUGGCUGCCAGCAGCUGAGUCUGGCAAAUGCCAACGACGGGGUGCAGGACUAUUCAUUGCCAAGUUUUAAAUCAGUUCGAACAUCUAAGAGUGGUGCGUCUACGUCGAGAACGGAAAAAACGGACAGCUCGAAUGUGAACGCGUCAUGCUCGCAUCAGGCGCGUAUGUCUCCGCCGUGUGACGUGACCAUUGACGAAUUGGCCAGUUAUUUUGAGACGUUUGUGCAUAUUCCGAAAAAGAUGAGUUCGAUGGCGGAGAUGAUGUAUACAUAAAGCUAUACAUUAUGUUGUAUUAUACACUGUUCUAAUUCAUUAUAUACAUAUGUUUAAUGACAUUUGAAUUAACAUGGAUUUAGAUUUAGAAUGAUGCGCAUAAGUGUAGUAUAGAUGUUGAAAAAUAAGUACAACUUGAUUUAAGUUCUGUUUAAACAAUUAUACUACACUUAUUCUGAUAAAUGCAUAAAAAUCUGUGAAUUCGUUUGUUAGAGUUUUUGACUUAGAAGACUAGAUAAUUUAAUGGCCACAAAACAAUUGCAAGACACGAGCCAAAACAUAUUUAUCUGGAAAUUUAAAGAAUUAAUGUUUUUUUCGCUUCUGUUUGGAUGUUUAUAUGAUUUUUAUUGUUUUGUAAGAAAGAAAACAUACAAUUCCAAGUAAAAAAUUUGUUGAGACAACGAAAACUAUUAGCAAUAUAAGUCAAAUUUAGAAAUAUUUGAAUGUGAUUAUUAAUUUCUACAAAAUUGCAAUUUGAUAAAGAAUUCCAGACUUGUGAGGCCUGUGGCUCAUGCAAUAAUAAUGAAAACUUGUCACUUGAAUCUGAAAUGUGGAUACUGUUAGUGUUGUAUGUACAUAACAAAAUUAACUCUUGUGAGAAUCACGAACGCGCCCAGGAGAAAGUGCUCAGUCAUUAAAAAGGCAAGAAUGUAAUCGCUGCAGUGUAAUAGUAUGUAAGUUCUUACUUUUGGCUGCUUGAAUGUACGCUCCUACUCAUCGGAAAAUUUGCCAUCGUUGUCUUUGCAUUGCCGUUUGAUUUCCGAACGUGGUUUGAAUUAAAUUAUUACCAUCUGAGUUAUGAAACUUGUUAAAAUUCGAAUACUUGAAUUAAUAAAACCGAAUAUGUAGAUAA